AUGGCAGAGAGCACUACUCCAAUAAAGCUCCCUCACUCCACCAAUGCCAAGUUUGACUGGGUGUAUAACCAUGACCCGGAAGAAAAAGAAGAAGACCACGAUGUUGAUCGAAAGAUUCGCAGACUGGCAAGCCACGCCUCACGACAUACCGUGGCAUCGGAAGUGAACAAGCCCCAUAAUGAUAUUUUUCAUCCACUCCCCGGCUCCGAACUUGACCCGCAGUCCUCCAGCUUCAGCACUCGAGCUUGGGUGGAAGCACUCGUUCGAUACGAGAGCGAGAAUCUCGAAUCAGGACGACGCCGGAAGUCCGGCAUCUCCUUCCGCAAUCUCGACGUAUACGGCUUCGGCAUGUCCACCGACUAUCAGAAGAGCGUGGGAAACAGCAUCCUGUCACUGAUGACGCAACGGCGCAAACGACGGAUCGACAUCCUCCACAACUUCGAGGGGUUGGUCGACACCGGCGAGAUGCUUUUGGUGCUUGGGCCUCCUGGCUCGGGGUGCUCGACUCUGUUGAAGACGAUUGCUGGACAAAUGGAAGGGUUGUUUUUGAGUGACGGAGUCAUGAUGAACUAUCGAGGCGUCCCCAGCAAUGCAAUGCACACUUACUUCCGAGGAGAGGCCAUUUUCGCCGGCGAGAACGAUGUGCAUUUUCCGAUGCUGUCGGUGGGAGACACGCUCUCUUUCGCAGCCCAUGCCAGAGCGCCGAGAAAGUUACCGACCGGGAUGAAGGCCGGGGAAUUCUCCAUGCUGGUGCGGAACGUCAUCAUGGCCAUGGUUGGUAUUUCGCAUACGGCGAACACGGUGGUCGGGAAUGAUUUCAUCCGGGGAAUAAGUGGAGGAGAACGGAAACGUGUGAGCAUUGCCGAAGCAGCGUUGAGCGACGCCGCGUUGCAAUGCUGGGACAACAGUACGCGCGGGCUGGACAGUGCCAAUGCACUGGAAUUCUGCAGAACACUUCGCACGGCCACCGAGCUCUUAGAAUCCACUGUCCUGGUCUCCCUAUAUCAAGCGCCUCAGGAGGCAUAUGAACUUUUCGACCAGGUCACAGUCCUGCAUGAAGGGCGGCAGAUAUUCUUCGGACAGACAUCUGAAGCACGCGCAUAUUUUGAAGAGUUGGGGUUUGAGUGUCCCGAGCGACAGACAACGCCGGACUUCCUCACCUCAAUGACCAGCCCGAAGGAACGUCUUGUGCGGCCAGGGUUUGAAGAUAAAGCCCCGCGCACAGCAAUGGAAUUCGAGGAAAGAUGGAAGAAAAGCCAGCAGCACCAUCAGCUUAUGCUUCGAAUUGAGGCGUAUGAAAGUAAAUUUAGCCUGGGAGGCAAAUGUCUUGACGACUUUGUGGCCUCGCGCAGGGCCCAACAGGCAAGCGGCCAAAGACUGAAAUCCCCAUAUACGCUGUCGUACAUGCAACAGACGUCUCUGUGUCUUUGGCGCGGUUGGAGGCGCCUGCUUGCAGAUCCUGCUUUGACAUUAACGCAGCUUGGAGGCAAUACUAUCAUGGCUCUGGUCUUGGGCAGCAUCUUCUUCAAUCUACAUAAUGACACGAACAGUUUCUAUGGCCGAGGAGGGUUAAUCUUUUUCGCUUUACUCUUGAGCGCAUUUGCCAGUGUACUUGAGAUCUUAACUCUCUACGAGCAACGGCCGAUUGUGGAGAAACACAAUCAAUUUGCUCUCUACCACCCCUCUGCCGAGGCCGUCGCUAGUAUGCUUACUGAUAUUCCGUAUAAAGUGUUUAACACGCUGUGCUUCAACCUGACGUUAUAUCUCAUGGCAAACCUACGGCGAGAAGCUGGGCCCCUGUUCUUUUUCCUUUUCGUUGCCUUCCUCAGCACAAUAGUGACAUCCAGCCUGUUCCGGACGAUUGCAUCCGUGUCACGUACCAUGUCGCAGGCAAUGGUGCCAGCCGCUUUACUUGUCCUGGGCUUGAUCAUGUACACCGGCUUCACGAUGCCAGCCAUGUACAUGCCUGCAUGGUCGCGGUGGAUAGCCUAUGUCAACCCGCUCAGUUACGCUUUCGAGUCUCUGAUAAUCAAUGAGUUUCACGACCGCAGUUUCUCGUGCUCGGUUGUCAUCCCCUCAGGGCCAGAUUACAGCGCCGCCGGUAUCAAUAACCGGGCCUGUGCGGAGGUCGGGAACACCCUCGGCUCGACGACAAUCCGGGGAGACAUCUAUAUCAACGAAAAGUUCCAAUAUCAUCAUGCCAAUAAAUGGAGUAACGUGGGAAUCCUCAUCGCCUUCUGGGUUUUCCUCACGGUCAUCUACCUGCUCGCGACCGAGCUGCUCAGCAUGGCUAAGAGCAAAGGUGAAAUUCUAAUCUUCCGCCGCAGUCAUUUUGCCAAUAAGAAAUCCACACGGCAAAUGGUAGAGGCCAACGACGAAGAGGCCCUCGGGGCCGAAAUGGCCACAAUGGCGCAGUUAACCAUGACAGACGAGACGCACACUCCCCCCCACAGUGGCCAGAUCUUUCAAUGGCAAGAUAUGUGUUACGAUAUAAAGAUUAAAGGAGAGGUCCGGCGUAUCUUGGACCACGUCGACGGAUGGGUUCAACCUGGAACUUUGACCGCCUUGAUGGGUGCUUCCGGUGCUGGAAAAACAACGCUUCUCAACGUUCUCGCCAACCGCGUCACGACCGGCGUCGUCACUGGCACCAUGCUCGUCGACGGCAAACCCAGCGAUCCCUCCUUCCAGCGCAAAACAGGCUAUGUGCAGCAGCAAGAUGUCCAUCUCUCAACCUGCAGUGUGCGCGAGUCGCUUGAGUUCAGCGCACUUCUCCGCCAGCCGGCGAGCGUGCCGCGGGAGGAGAAACUCGUCUACGUGGACGAAGUUAUCAGACUUCUCGAAAUGGACGAUUACGCGGACGCCAUUGUUGGCAUCCCCGGUGAAGGGUUAAACAUCGAGCAGCGCCGACGUCUCACCAUUGGCAUCGAACUGGCCGCCAAGCCCGAAUUGCUCCUGUUUCUGGACGAGCCAACCUCAGGACUGGACUCACAGACAUCGUGGGGGAUUUGCCAACUGCUGAAACGACUUGCACGCAGUGGCCAGGCAAUUAUGUGUACGAUCCACCAGCCGUCUGCCGUUCUGUUCCAAACAUUCGACAACUUGCUACUUCUCGUGAAAGGCGGCCAAACCGUGUACUUUGGAGAACUUGGUAAGAACUCGGCCACCCUUAUCCAGUAUAUGGAGCGCAACGGGGGUAGCCAGUGUCCUCCUGGCGCCAACCCAGCCGAGUGGAUGUUGACUGCGAUCGGCGCCGCGCCCGGAUCGCAAACUACAGUCGACUGGCCGAAGAGUUGGCGAGACUCGCGUGAGUAUCAGUCUGUCAAGGCAAAAUUGCAUCAGAUUCAGACUUCGAAGACCACUACAGGCGGCAGCAUGCAAAUUCAGCCAUCCAGUCAGCUGGACAACGGGUCUUAUGCUGCGUCCCUUCGACAACAGUGGUGGUUCGUUCAGAAACGUGUUGCUGCGCAAUACUGGCGAACGCCGUCGUAUAUUUACUCGAAAAUUGCCCUUACAGUGGCCUCGGCUCUAUUCAUUGGCUUCAGCUUUUACGAUGCGCCGAAUACUAUCCAGGGGCUCCAAAACCAGAUGUACGCCGUGAUGAUGCUAUUUAGUAUGUUUGGGCAGCUCAGCGAGCAGAUUAUGCCUCAGUUUAUCAACCAGCGGGAGGUUUAUGAAGCGCGCGAGAGGCCAUCCAAAAUAUAUGAUUGGAAAGUCUUGAUGCUGAGCAGCCUCUUGAUUGAGAUCUUCUGGAACACCUUGAUGGCCGUGGCGGCCUACUUCUGCUGGUAUUAUCCGAUCGGACUAUACGAGAACGCCGUUUCUUCCGACGAAGUCACCUCGCGCGGGUUUAUGGGAUUCUUGUUUAUCUGGGCCUUUAUGAUGUUCACCAGUACGUUUACACACAUGCUCAUUGCUGGGAUCGACAGUGCCGAUUCGGCUGGGAGCGUUGGGAACAUCUGCUAUAUGCUAUGCACAUGUUUUUGCGGUAUCCUCGUCAAAAAGGUUUCCCUGCCCGGAUUCUGGACAUUUAUGUACUACGUCUCCCCGUUCACGUGGCUCGCCUCCGGACUUCUUUCGACCGGUGUAGCCAACACGGAGAUUGUGUGUGCAUCCAAUGAAUAUGUCAAGUUUCUCCCGCCGGCAGGCCAGUCGUGCGGCUCGUACAUGGCCUCCUACAUCUCCUCGUUCGGCGGGUACUUGAUCGAUCCAAACAACACCCAGCACUGUGAAUUUUGCCAGUUGGGCAAUACGAAUGACUAUCUCAGCACGGUCAAUAUCCGUUACGAGGAUCGCUGGAGGAAUUUCGGUAUUGUCCUAGUGUAUGUUGUGGUUAAUGCUGUGGGGGCUUUGGGUGUGUAUUGGCUGGUUCGGCUGCCGAGGAGAGGGGGCUUGGGAAAGCGGAAGGGAGAACAAAAGGCAUGA